GAGGAGCAAGAAAAGAAAACUCAAGAAAAAACGAGACCAUCGGAAGGCAAACAAGUUGCAGAAUCUCGGAGGAGAUGAACACCAACGAUGCCAAAGAGUAUCUGGCACGGCGGGAGAUACCUCAACUAUUUGAGAGCCUGCUGACGGGUCUGAUGUACUACCGUCCCGAUGACCCAGUGGAUUACCUGGAGGGCUGCCUGAAAAAGGUCCGGGAGUUGGGCGGCCCAGAAAAGGUGCGGUGGGACACGUUCGUGGGCCAGGAGAAGAAGCCGCUGCCCCCCCUCAACGGUGGCCAGUCGCGCCGCUCGCUCCUCAGAAACGCGAUGCCCGACAGUCCCAAUUUCCCCUACAGACGUUACGAGCGCCUUCCUCCCAUCAGCCAGUUCUCCAUCGAGAGCGACUCGGACCUGUCGGAGACGGCCGAGCUCAUCGAGGAGUACGAAGUGUUUGAUCCGUCCAGACCACGGCCCAAAGUUAUCCUGGUCAUCGGAGGUCCCGGAAGCGGCAAGGGAACACAGUGCCUGAAGAUCGCCGAGCGUUACGGCUUUCAGUACGUGUCGGUGGGGGAGCUGCUGCGCAAGAAGAUGAUCCACAACGCCACUAGCAACAGGAAGUGGAGCCUGAUCGCUAAGAUCAUCACCAACGGCGAGCUGGCGCCGCAGGAGACCACUAUCACCGAGAUCAAGCAGAAGAUCAUGAAAAUCCCAGACGCCACCGGCAUCGUCAUCGAUGGCUUCCCGAGAGACGUCGGGCAGGCCUUGUCUUUUGAGGACCAAAUCUGCUCUCCCGACGUGGUGGUGUUCCUGGCGUGCACCACCCACCGCUUGAAGGAGCGCCUGCAGCGGCGGGCCGAGCAACAGGGUCGCCCCGACGACAACCCAAAAGCCAUCGACCGGCGUUUGACCAACUUUAAGCAAAACACCAUCCCCUUGGUCAAGUACUUCCAGGAGCGGGGCCUCAUCGUCACGCUGGACGCGGCUCGUGAUGAAGAGGAGGUGUUCUGUGACAUCAGCGCAACUUUAGAUAACAAGCUCUUCCCGUCAGAGGACGCCGCCGCCGCAGUUCCAAGUGAGCUGGAUCUCAGUAUGCUGCCUGAAUGCAACAUGGGCCACUUUGCUGGAAAGACUGAUGAGGAUGAAGAGGAAGAAGAGCUCGGAUAUGCCAAAGAAAGCGAAGAAAGUUUUUGCACACUGCCAAAAAAGCCUAAGGUCAUCUUUUUGAUGGGCGCUGCGGGCUCAGGCAAGCGCGCACAAUGCGAGCGCAUGGAGGACAAACUGGGCCUGCGUCGCGUGGCAAUGGCCGACCUGCUUUGCAGCGAAAUGCAGACUCCAGGCGACAGGGGGCGCCACCUACGGGACGUCCUGCAGAGAGGAGAGCCCCUGCCGGAGGACAUUACCAUGGAUGUGCUGUGCGAGGCCGUCGGAGCAGCAGCGGCGGCGGCAACUCGACGUCAGACAAGGGGCGUGGUGCUAUGCGGCUUCCCCGUAGACCUGAGACAGGCUCAAGCGUACGAGGCCAAGAUGGGCGAGCCCACCGCAGUGCUCCUGCUCAGCUGCUCCACCCAAACUCUCACCAGUCGUCUGCAGAGACGCCGGAGUUCCACUUCGGCCACGGUGUCGCCGACGCUCAAAGACGGUGCCCCGUGCUGGAGGAAGGACAGCUUCUGGGCCGACGCCGAGCCGGUGGUGGAACACUACGAAGAAAAAAAGCUGCUGCACACGAUUGAUGCCGAGAAGUCACCUGACCAAGUGUUCGCUCAAAUCUGCCAGGUGAUGGAGUCCUUUCCCGCUAUUUGAUUUAACGGAUGCACAGACGCACAUACCUGGUCGUUCUCCCGGUUUGAUUGUACAGAUGAACAAAGUCCGCUGCACAACACAAAUACUGAUUCCGUCACGCACAGCCCAUCCUUAUGUUUUGUAUGGUAAACAAAAAGCAUGCGUUCACUGUCAAAUAUAGAGGAUCAUUUGUGGACAAAAAAUAAUAAUAAUAAUAAACAUUUGUACGUCACUAA